CUUUCUUUGCCCUCUCUCUCUCUCUCUCUCUCUCUCUGUGUCCGAUUCUCUAUGGGUUUUAUCUAUCAAGAUCAGAGCGACAUUCCCUUGCCAACAGGGCUUCUACCAGAUGAGUCAUCUCCAGAAUGGAUCAGCAAGGCAGACAAUGCAUGGCAACUCACAGCAACCACCAUGGUUUGUCUACAGAGUGUCCCAGGCCUUGUGAUUCUCUAUGGAAGCAUGGUGAAGAAGAAAUGGGCUGUGAACUCUGCUUUUAUGGCUUUUUAUGCAUUUGCAGCUGUUCUUGUUUGCUGGGUUUUAUGGGGCCAUCACAUGUCCUUUGGCAAUAGGCUUGGCCCACUAGUUGGAAGACCCAAUGCUGCACUUUCACAGAGUUUUCUCCUAGACAAGUCUAAAGCGAGUCAGGUUCCUACAGCUGAUUUUGUGUUUUAUCAGUUUGCAUUUGCUGCCAUUACUGUUAUUUUGCUUGCUGGGUCUUUACUUGGGAGGAUGAACAUCUAUGCUUGGAUGCUAUUUGUUCCUUUAUGGCUCACCUUUAGCUACACAAUUGGGGCUUUCAGCAUUUGGGGAGGAGGCUUUCUUGAGCAGCAUAUAAUUGAUUAUGCAGGUGGCUAUGUGAUUCAUCUGUCCUCUGGUGUGGCUGGUUUCACUGCUGCUUAUUGGGUAGGACCCAGGCAUUCACAUGAUAGGCAACAUUUCCCUCCCAAUAACGUAAUUACCAUGUUAGCGGGUGCAGGGUUUCUGUGGCUGGGAUGGACAGGUUUUAAUGGUGGGUCUCCAUUUGCUGCUGGUUUGGUGGCAUCACUUGCCAUUUUUAAUACCCAUCUCUGCACUGCCACCAGCCUCUUGGUCUGGGUUUCCUUUGACAUGAUUAUAUACAAGAAAAGCUCAGUCAUUGGUGCUGUUCAAGGGAUGAUUACUGGACUAGUCUGCAUCACUCCUGCUGCAGGAGUAGUGGAGCCAUGGGCAGCUAUGCUAAUGGGAGCAAUGUCAGGUUCAUUAACAUGGUACACCAUGAUGGUAUUGCACAGGAGGUCUGCAUUCUUCCAAAGCGUGGAUGACACAUUGGCAGUCUUUCACACGCACGCAGUGGCUGGCCUUCUCGGAGGAAUUCUUUCAGGUCUCCUUGCUAAACCUGCCCUUGUGAAGUUGAUGUAUCCACACAACACUUACGGCACAGGGUUGAUCUAUAGCCUUGCAAACGGAAAACACAAGGACGGCCUCAGACAAAUGCUCUGCCAGAUUGAAGGGGCAGCUUUCAUUGCUGCUUGGAAUGUAGCUAUGACGAGCUUAAUUUGUAUAUUGUUAAGCCGCAUUGUUGAUCUUAGGAUACAAGAAGAUGACCUGGAAAUAGGCGAUGACGCUGUACAUGGUGAAGAAGCCUAUGCACUUUGGGGUGAUGGAGAGAGAAUGCCAAUAUCUCGUCAUCUGCAUCCAAGGCUGCCUUCCUUGUACCCAAGACUCACUGCCUUGUGUCGAUCGUUGAGUUGAGUGCUUUAUUUCGAAUCUGUAAUGGGUUUCUAAUAAGUUCCAGUCAUAGAAUGUGGUAAUAUUCGUUACUGCAGUUCUUUUGUCCAAUGCUCAUCAUAUGCAUGAUAUCAAUUUUCAUGUAAACGACAAUUUUCCCGGAAAGAUAAGUCUGAGAAUAUUGUGUAUAUAACUCAUCUUCACCAGGAUGAGAAUGUUUUAUAACUAAGGACAACCAAAACACAAGAAUGUCCAUAUACCUGGAGAUGUA